AAAGCUUUGAAGUGAAAUAAUGACGUUUCUUACUUAUAAGGGGGAAGUAUAAGGGUUAAUCUAACCUAUUAGAAAAGUUUAUGUUGAUGUCUUAGCCAAUCAGAUGGCGUGUUGGACGUAUGACGCACUUUCAGUCAACUAGAAUCUCGUCAAAAGUAAAUUCGAGAUGGCACGGACGUCUGGGUGUGCUCUAGGAGAGAUUAUCAACUGUGCUGGGCGCAUCACUUGUCACAAAGAGGAGGGAACAAGGCAAAGCUGUUAAACUGGUCCAGCAGCUGCCUUUGGUCAAAGGCCAAGAAGCAGCAAGUCCAUUUUCUCUGCUGUCAGAGGCAUCAGCUGAUAGGUCCAUGAAGGAGAACGAGGAGGUGCGACUGUGCCAGGUUUUCGCCAACGCACAGCUCUCAGUCAAGGAUGUAGAUGAGGAAUAUGAUGACAUGCCCCUGCUGUGCUCGGGAUUUGUGAAGGACAUCUACAAAUAUCUGCACCAAUUGGAGGUAGAGCAGCCCAUACGUGGCAAUUACAUGCAGGGUUAUGAAAUCAAUGCCCGCAUGCGAGCGCUUCUCAUCGACUGGAUGGUCCAGGUUCAUUCCACAUUCAAUCUGCUGCAAGAAACCUUGUAUCUCUCUGUUGCCGUCCUUGACCGGUUUCUCCAGGUCCAGCCAGUUUCUCGUCAAAAGCUGCAACUUGUCGGUGUGACUGCAAUGCUGGUUGCCUCAAAGUAUGAGGAGUUGUCUCCUCCGAUCGUGGGAGACUUUGCCUACAUCACGGACAGCGCGUUCACCAAUGCUCAGAUUUUGGAGAUGGAGCAACUGGUUCUGAAGACUCUUAACUUUCAACUCGGUCGUCCUCUUCCAUUACACUUCCUCAGGAGAGCUUCAAAACUGGCUAAUCGUCCUUGGGCACUCGUCACCACCCAGUGUGACACGGAAAGGCACAUGCUGGCCAAAUAUCUGAUGGAGCUGACCCUCAUUGAUUACGAAAUGGUGCAUUAUCGCCCAUCUGAGAUUGCUGCUGCGGCUCUGUGCCUCUCUCAGCUGCUGCUGAAUGGACUGCCUUGGUCACCCACACAAGAACACUACUCGACGUAUGACGAGGCCCACCUGAAGCCCAUCAUGCAGCACAUGGCCAAAAAUGUUGUGAAGGUAAAUGGCGGCAAAACUAAGUUCAAGGCUGUCAGGAACAAGUAUUCAAGCAGCAAGUUGAUGAAGAUCAGCCUCAUUCCGCAGCUCAAGUCAUCACUAAUCAGCAACAUGGCAGCUGCUCUCACUGCUCCUUAAACUCAGCAUUUUUUUUUUUUCCAAUCUUCCACUUCUGCACUUGAUUUUAGAUUACUGGUUCUAGGCUGAGAAUUUCUUGUGUAUGUUUUAUUCCAAAAUUGGUUAUUAAUAAGCUGAAACUUUAUUGCUUAAAAUCUUUUCCCUGUUGGGGAAAUUUCUAGUCUGUCCUGGUAUGCUUAUGCUUAUUGCUUGAAACAAACUCCCUUAAGAUUAUUCUUUUCAGAAUGUCAGGUCAAUACAAUUUUUUUGUUUGGGGAAAGUCUCACAACAAAGCUCAGCGACAUAGUGAAUGUUUGGAUUUUAUUUGUCCUAAAUGCCUUGUUUGUCCACAUUGUGAAAAGCUGAAUAUAAAUUUUUUUCUGGAGGUCUUAAAAAGUUACAGAUUAUAAAUUGAAAUCAACUUUCAGUUUGAUUUCAACAACUAAUUUUGAAUUCUUUGUUUGUUCUUGAGCUAAUGUCUGGUAGAGUUGUUUUCACUGCAUGCUGUUGUAAACUGACUGUUUCAUUGACAUUUUCUGCACUUUUUUUGAAUGAAGUGAUUUGAAAAAUAUAAUCAGUUUAUUAAAGUGAUUCUGGUAAAUAUAGUUCGGUCGAAAUGAACGAGACAGUCUGUAGAUAAUCUGAAUUAAUUGAAGCGGACUCU